UGUUUGAGAUCUGUUUGUGGGUGGGUGUAUUUGCUCCAGUUAUUUGGAUUAACAAUUAUUUUGAAAGGAGGUUCUUCGGAAUGACUCCAGUAGUAGACAUAAUAAUAGGUAUCGUCUGGGUACUUUGCAUUCUCCAUUGUGUUCGUAUUUGAAUUACCAGAUCUAUUUAGCGAUAUUUUCAGUGUAUUUAGUAAGCCUCAUCUUAACACGAUUUCUGUUAUUUCUACUUCCGCUAUAGUUUAGUGUCAAUUAAGUUCUCAAUUAAGCCACAUUCAAUAAAAAUGGUGUGAUUGAAAAGCCGGAUUCCUUCAUAGUGGUGUAACUCCCGAUAUUUGGGGGGGCCACUCUCCAGUUGGGAGGGCAUGGGCAUGAUAUCGCCCGACGACGCAUACAGCUAUCCUCUGAUAGCACGCUUCCUACAUUCUCUGCCCCACGUCAAUGUCAGCUUUCAACAUGUCAACAGCUCCUUUGAACCGAACAAUCCCGUAUACUUGGAGAGUUUGGGAAUUCUCGGCUCUAUCCCGGCAAUAUGGUUGAUAUUAACGCUGUUCGUCCUACUCAUUUACCUGUUGACGAGAUGUUGUGAUCGGAAACCGAGAGCCUCAAAGUCGAUAGCGGCCCUUAAACUCACUUUAGCCGUUGUAUCGGUUCUGUGUUGUGCCGGCAUAGGCAUAGGACUCUAUGGUAAUGACGAUUUACACAAUGGCGUAGUCCGGACUUUGAGUGAAGGAAGGCAAGUAGACAUUUUAAUAUCCAAAAUACGCAACCAAACAGAAGACAUCGAGCGACAGUUGAGGAUACAAGCAGAGAGACAAAUAAAAGAAAUUGCAAACGUGUUCGGAACACAUCACAGUGAUAAACCUUUAUUUAACGAAAUAGAAGGUUAUUUUAAGAAACUUGUCAGUAACCGCAACGCUACUGCAAACGCAGCUAGAGAUAUACGCCAACCUUUAGUGGGAGUCAACCUUACAUCGACAAUAAUAAUUGGUGAAAAAAUUGAGGCAGUGCGAUGGCCUUUCACGAUGGGAAUUUUGAGCGUUUUACUCAUUUUAUGUGUGAUUUUAUUAGUUGGCGUAGCGAGGCACAACAGGUGCGCUCUUAUAGCCUUUUCGGUGUGUGGACUGCUCGCCGUCAUAGCCUCCUAUAUUAUGGCCAGUAUUUAUUUAGCUUCCAGUGUAGCUUUGAGCGAUUUGUGCAUGGCACCUGAUAAAUUUAUUGAAGAUCAGGCCAGCACUGAAUUGUCGAAAGAGAUUCUAAGAUAUUAUACCAAUUGUGAAAGAGCACGGGCCAAUCCUUUUACCCAAAGAUUAAGAGAAGCGAAAACGACCGUAGAGAACAUGAGAUCUAAUUUAACUGCGAUGGUUAAACCAGCUGAGAAAUUAUUUAGAGACAAAGGAUUGGAUACCAAAUUUAGCUCUCUUCGAAAUGAUAUUAAUACAGCCGACAACUACAUACAUUCUUUGACAGCUUUAGUCGACUGCCGAACUCUACACAUGCAUUACUUGAGGGGAGCUAGAGCUCUUUGUUACGUUGGCUUGCUUGGUUUAACAUUAAUGUUAGCCUCUUCAGUCGUAGCUGGUUUUCUGCUGACUGUGCUGGUAUGGGUUGAUUCCCAUACAUGGAUUUACAUAAGAAAGAAGAAAGACUACCAACAAGUGACAGAAAACGACUCGUAUCUUCCACCCCCUCAGGCGAGCCAGGCGAUUGCAGCACGCACAUUACAACGCAGCCAAGGGUCGUCCUAUCCCCCUGAUACUCCCCCGCCUAGUUAUACAUCCGCUUUGCUGCAUAACCGGCCAUUGCAUGCGCCCCCAACAGCCCCCCUGCCAGAGCAUGAAGCAGAAUUUCUAUUAGAUGGGUGUGACAUGCGUCCGUCAGAACAUCACCGCAACAGCGCCCACAUGGCACACCUCAGAGGGCACACCUUGGGCAGACUGCCCUCCCACCACCAUGAGCCAAUACUCGCUGGACCCAAUAAUGGAAAGUACGCGACUUUGAGCAAACAGUGCAAGACGCUAGAGAGUUCAGACUUCUACUGAGACAGGUCUGCCUGCAAGGAAUUCCCAAGCUUUAAAGGUCUUAAGUUAUCAAAUCAGCAGCAACAAGUUCCACAUGCUCCCGAUGCGCAGCGAACCGCCAACAUCCAAAAGUAUAGUUCGCUAGGCCGUCGUCCACUACCUCAGACGCCCGACGAGAAAGCACGGAAGCAACCCCCAGUACCAAGAGUACCACCCACGAUCUCCCAGUGCAUCGAGACCCCGCUGAACCCAGCAAACUUCAGGUCUCUGCAGAGAGGAGCGUGGCAAGAUACUCCCAGUUCGUUUCAGCCUAAUGUGCAGUUCAGAUCCCUGCAAAGAACCGCAGGGGCACAAUUCAGGCCUGCGAAGGUACAGGACCAAACCCAUGGGGAGGUACUAUACGCAAACAGUGAGAGCGAACGACAGUUGUAUGCUGUAACUGAGUUAUAAGUUUUUAGUUUCUUCUUGGGAAAUGCAGGCAGAUGAACAAUAGUGAUCGAGUUGAUUUUUUUUAUUUACUCAUUUAGUGCAGUCACUGAAGGUUUUCACUUCCGAUUUCGUUGGUCUCCCUCGAUUUUGAUGAAAAUUAGUAGAAUACCUCAAGGAACAAAAGUGACAUGGUGCCAACUUGGGAUUUUUCCCAGGGAAUGGUUCCCAACAAAAGUGACAUGGUGCCAACUUGUGCUUUUUCCUGGGAGUGGUUCCCAAGUUAAAAGCACAAGGUGGCACCAUGUCAGUUUUGUUUCUUGAGUUACCUUCUAACUACUCACCAAUUUUCUUGAAAAUUCAAUGGAGGUUCACCGAAAUCGGAGGUGAAAACCUUCAGUGACUGCACUAAUGUUGUUGUUUGUUCUUAUUAUUAUUUUAUUCACACGUUUUUUAGUUGUAUAGUAGGUCCGAUAACAGUGACCUAUUUUAUAAUCCAGUUAGUAAGAUUUGACUGUUUAUGUCAGAUGAUAUUGAAACUAUUUAUUUCCAUUAAAAUUUAUCCACUGGAUUGAUAUCGUGAGUAAAUGAUAAAAUAUGUUGCGACAAAAAUGUUUAGAAAUAAAUAAUAAGUGAGAAAUUAUAUAACUAAUUAUUAUUUAAAAAUAAAUUUGAUAAUGUACUAUAUUGUAUUAAGUCGAUAGUUACUUGGAAAUUAUAGAAAUAAAUCGUAUUACUUACACCCAAUCAAAUAUUAGACAAUUUUGGUUUUGUAUUUAUUUUGUCGUAUUGUAUUUAUAUGAACAAUGUCUUCACAGCUACGUAUUAUAUAUGGUGUUAUAUAUUAACUGCGAUAAAUUGUUAUUUAAAGACUUGUUGCUAGACUCAUUAUUCUUUCCAUUGAACCGAUAUACAUAGGUUUAUUCUAGAAAGUUUAAUAAUACAAUUCAAAUUUAUAGUUUAUCCCCAUAAAUUAAAGAUAUUCUCAAAUCAGAUGGAACACGACUUCUACGGAACACAAAAGGCAGAGGACAAAGAAAAGAGAUGAACGAACUAAUAAAAACGAACCACAUUCAGAAGGAAACAUGGGCAGACUACUUUCGAUCUCUAUUUGCCAAAGGUGGCAAUAACGAACCACCAACACCUGAAGUGACAACAAACGAAGAAAUAAACAUUGAAGAAGCAGAGGUAAAGCAAGCAUUACGGGAAUUAAAAAACAGAAAAUCACCAGAAGAGGACAGAAUAUCGAAUGAACUCCUAAAGUACGGAACUAUUAAAACUACAUAAUCCAAAAAAUAAUAGAACAAAACAGGAUACACACACAGGCAUGGAGAUCAAGCAUCUUAAUAUGUUCCUCUCUUCUGUUUCAUUCAUCAGUGAACCACAUUAAUUCUUCAUUAAUGUUUGAGACUUUUUGUUCUCUAGGUGGUAUAAUUGUGUUAAUCUUCUCAGUGAGGUUUAAUUCUGCUGUCAUCAUGUCUGAGUUCAUCAGAAAUAUGGGUUCCUCAAGUAUGCCAGCGUAUUUGUGUGAUCAGUCAAUACAUAAUUAGGCUUCCAAGUAUUGUUUGCUUUGAGUCUCAGGAUGACCAUACAUGCUAUCACCAAAAGAUAUAAUUCCGGUAGGGAAAGAUCUGUGAUAACCUCUAAAGAUGGCGUUCCUGUGCUAUUCAAGGAGCCUGUCAUAUAAGGCUUGUCUUUGUGGGGUGGUGAAAAAGGUCACACAAGAUUACAAAGCUGUCUUUUUCCAAUAAAGUACUGAACUAUAUGUAGUUUGAUUGCCUUUGGUUAACUUAAACUAACAAUAUCGCUUCUUAUAUACCUAUACACAGUUAUUCUAGAAUUAACGAGGACGGUACGCUCAUCUCUAUUCAUAGCGCCAGCAUCGUUCUUUCUGGAACUCCUCACUCUCCCCAACGCGCUCUGUGAUACUUAUUAGGUUUGUUCCAACUCGAUACAGAACCGUUCUUGAACGGUUACGAGUAUGCACAGUAACGAAAAAUGUGAUACUGCGCAUACUUAUUGCGCAUGCGCGUAACGAUUCAAGAACGGUUUGUAUCGAGUUGGAACAAACCUUAGUAUACUAACGAGUUGGAAUCGUUAUAUGGGGGAGGUACAAAAUAAUCUUAUUUGUUACAACAUUUAGUAUUUCAUAAAAAAUGGAAAUGUUUCAAGUGGAAUUGUACUUAAUACAAGCGUAUAUUAUCAUAGAAGUACUAAUUUUGUAAUAGUACUUUUGAACAAAUAAAGAACAGUGUAAAAUACGGAAUAUUUGUAACGGUAGAUUGUACGUCUAACCUUUAUACUGCUCAUAAUAGAAGUCGUUAGUUGUAUUUGUAUUUGAUGUAAUCUCAUUAAAAGACAAAAAGUAUAUACAUUAAGUACAAUACACAGUGAGUUUGAUUUGUGCAACACCUCAAUUAUCUCUGAAACGGCUUGCACGAUUUUUAUAGGUUUUAGUGAGUAAGGGUCUUGUGAUACGGCCGAUAUUAUGGUGGUAUAUACAUUGUUGUCAGAUCUUCCGUUUUUCUGGAAAUCUAAUGAUCUUUUGAACUUGCAGUUAGGUAAUUCGUAAUUUCAAAAAUAAUAUUUUUUACUUUUGUUUUUGACCGUUAAAAAUCAUCAUUUUCAUUUAGUUAUUGCUUCCUUAGCAACAACUCCGAACUUAUGGCAUUUAUAUAUAGGGAACAUUACAUAAAAAUAGUCAGUAUUUGUUAAGAACUUAAAAAUGCAAAAAAUAUACAGGAUGUUCCUUUUAAAAUGAAAGUUUAUUAGAUUUCCAGAAAAACGGAAGAUCUGACAACAAUGCAAAUACCACCAUAAUAUCGGCCGUAUCACAAGACUCUCAUUCACUAUAACCUAUAAAAACGAUUCAAGCCGUUUCCGGGAUAAUUGAAGCGUUCCAUAUAUAAGACUCAUUCUGUAUAAUAAAAAGAGGCAGAGUUAUUCAAUAAUUAAGGAAAUUUAAGACUUACUUUUUGUAAGGUGCCUAGACCUUUUUAUAAAUAGUAGACAUGUAUAAUGGCCAGACAUUAAACCUCAUUGUUUAAGCUACAGUCCAAAUAAACAUACAAGAUUUGAAUUCAUUAAAUAUUUUCUUCUAUUAAAUUAUUUUAAUAUAGUACACUUAAAAUUUUCUUAAAUUUCUCAUAUAGGGUUGGUCAUGCAGCUUUAAUAUUAUUUAUUCUCCAAUUGAUUUUAUGUAAAAUCAAUUAUUCCUUGUUUAAUAUCUAAUAAUAUUUUUAAUGCAUACUCGUAAUGUAUAGAUCAUUAAAAAGAAUAAAAUUUUAUAAAUGUUAAUAACAAUAUGUACAAUAAUAAUUUUUAUAUGUAUUUGGCCUGUUUGUACAUGUGGAUUGAAGACCGCACCAUUUAUUAAAUACACUAAGCAUCAAAAUUAACGCACCACUUUAAAAAUGGGACAUUUUUGAUGUCUCGUAUUUCCUAAACCUGUUGUCCGAUUUUAGUGAUCUUUUUAAUAUGGUAUAGCUUUAUUCUUAGAGAAUAUCGAUGUAAUAAUAUUGUUGCUAAACCGAUAAGUGUCAUUGUAUACAGAGUGUAACAAUGAUAGUGUGUUUUUUUCCUCAAAGUUUGGAACAUCCUGUGGAAUAUUCUAGCGUAUAUAGAAUAUUGAAAUUAAAACUCAACUGUAGACUUAGGCUCUCUUAACAUUUUGCUUUUUGAUUCAUUCGCUUAUGUUGGAUAAUCAAAAAGUUAGGUACUUUAACUACUAGCAACGUUCUUCAUCAAUAUAGGGUGUUUCUAAAAUAAGUGCGGCAAACUUUAAGGAGUAACCUGCAUGAAAAAAUAAUGACCGUUUGCUUUAUAAACAUAUGUCCGCAAAUGCUUCGUUUCCGAGAUACGGGAUGUUGAAUUUUUUCUUACAAACUGACGAUUUAUUUAUUGCUCUAAAACCGUUUGAGAUAUGCAAAUGAAAUUUGGUAAGUUUUAAGAGGUAUUUAUUGCGCAUUUUUUGGCAUACAUUUAAGAAUUUAAUAUUCACCAUUGGCGUGCAUACGGAUCAUAUUACCCGGUCUUAUUACCCGUAUGCACGCCAGUGGUGAAUAUAAAAUUCUUAAAUAUAUGCCAAAAAAUGUGCAAUAACUACCUCUUAAAACUUACCAAAUUUAAUUUGCAUAUCUCAAACAGGUUUAGAGCAAUAAAUAAAUCGUCAGUUUGGAAGAAAAAAUUCAACAUCCCGUAUCUCGGAAACGAAACAUUGGCGGACAUAUGUUUAUAAAGCAAACAGUCAUUAUAUUUUCAUGCAGAAUUACCCCUUAAAGUUUGUCGCACUUAUUUAGAAACACCCUGUAUUGAUGAAGAACGUUGCUAGUUGUUAAAGUACCUAACUUUUUUAUUAUCCAACAUAAGCGAAUGAAUCAAAAAGCAAAAUGUUAAGAAAGCCUAAGGCUACAGUUGAGUUUUAAUUUCAUUAUUUUAUAUAGCCUAAAAUAUUCCACAGGGUGAUUCAAACUUUGAGGAAAAAACACACUAUCAUUGUUACACCCGGUAUACAAUGACACUUAUCUGUUUAGCAACAAUAUUAUAACAUCGAUAUUCUUGAAGAAUAAAGCUAGAACACAUUAAAAAAAUCACUAAAAUCGGACAACAGGUUUAGGAAAUACGAGACAUAAAAAAUGUCCCAUUUUUAAGGUGGUGAGUUAAUUUUGAUGCUGAGUGUGCUAUACGAGAAGACUUAGAACAUCACAGAGAGUCAAAGAAUAAACAAUUUUGAGGAUGUCACUGCGAGGCAGAAUUAGAAACGAAGAGAUUAGAAACAAAAGCAAAAUCAGAAGUAUUAUAGAAGUGAUAAAAAUAAUAUGGCGCUGGGCCGGGUACAAGGUAAGGCAAUGUAAAAAUUGAUGGGCUGGUAGAGCAAAAUAGUGGGGACCAAGACAAACGGAAAGAGAAAAAGACCCUAAAAAAGUAGGUAGAUGAUAUCCGAACGAAACCAAUGGAUACGCAAGGCACAGAGAUCAGUGGAGAAAUUUGCGUGGGGCCUAUGAUCAGGAGUCGAUUAAUAUGAGUUGAAGAACAAGAAGAAGUAUCUAAAUGAGUACAUUUUCGAUUGUCAUAUAUUAACAAGAUAGUACUUAUCUGUGAAAGAUAAAGCUGUUCUUAGAAGGAGACAAUUUGAAUGGAUAGUACCAAAAUAAAAGAAACAUGUCAUCUCCAAGACAAAGUGAAAAGAGAAACAUGAAAACAACAAGUGACUUAUAUGUGAAGUAAUAGUUUUCCAGUUGGUUAAAACAACGCAGUUGCAUCAAUGGUCAUCAAAAUCAGAUAAUCACAUGGUAAAAUGUAGAUAAAACUUUAAUCAAUGCACUAAAAACGAUUGGAGAACUGUUUGUUAUUUUAUUUUGGAUUUACGUGAAAAUAUUGAACAGAAUAUUGACUAACCUUAUACAGAUAUCUGGUAAGCUCAACAAUAUUUAGUGUCAGCCAUAAUCAAAUGAACCUAUCUUUUUAUACGUCUACACCAAGAUCUUAAGAUUUGAUUUCAAUGAUAGUUUAAACUCAUAUUAAUAUUGAGGUGAUAUAUAUUUUGAGAUCAAAAUGUUAUAGGCCAGGAUACCGCGUACCAAAAAAAGUUUAUUAAUAGCAAGCUAAAAAUUGGUUAACAGCUUAAUGGUAUCUAGUCGGACAAACUUUGAUGCAUGGGAACACUGAACCAGGGGAAGUUUUAAUUGUGGAAGGUGAUUUUAAUUGUGCAACUUGUCAUCCUGACAAGUUUAUGAUUGUGAAAACUAGCAGGUUGUUUUUAAGUUUAUUCAAUAGCAGACUUUAUUAUAAUAUAUGAAAAAAUGUUUGUCCGACAAAUAUGUUGGGCAUUUUAAUAAGUCCGACACGUAGAACAUGUCAAAUGACAUGAAUUAUGUUGGUGAUAAAUUUCAGUCUGAUUUUUGCACGAGAGUUUAAUGAAAGGUAACAAAUCAAUUGGAAGUUCUGUCCGACAAAAUACAUGCGACGUUUUCAUAGUCUGACGUUCGAAACCUGUAACCUAUUCCAAAGUUAAAACUUCCCCUCUUCCAGUGUUCCCGUACAUCAAAGUUUGUCCGGCUAGAUAUCGUUAAGCUUUUAACAAAUUUUCAGCUUGCUAUUAAUAAACUUUUUUUGGUACGCGCGAUCCAGGCCUAUUACCAAUACUAAAACAUUCCAUCAACUAUAGACUGUUCCUAUUCGAAUAAAAAAUGUACAAUUUCCAAAGUAGAAUGAAUUUUGCCAAAUUUUUGUUAGCCAUCACUUUUAUAAAUGCACUUUUAUACACUUUUCUAUUUGUGAUUUUUUUACUUUUGUUUAUCAUGUAUAAAAGAUUUACACAGAUGCGUUUUAAAAUUAUUUUAUUUGAAUAUGUCCCGAAAGGUUUGAAAAAAUAUUUAGAUUUUAUCAAUAGCAGCCCAAAUGGAGAAAACGUAGAGUAAUUAUCUUCAUGAGGCUCGCACUUUUUUACCUUUUGCAUUAAAAGUAUAGUAUAUACAAUAUUUUUAGUAUAAAAAAUGAAUUUAUUUUUAAGCAAAAAAUUAUACUAAUUUAAAUGAGCCAUCAACCACUUUCUGUCCACUCCUAAACAUGGACCUCUUUCAUAUUUCUCCAAGCUGUCGUGUGUUAUGCUAUUUGAAACCACCUAUUUCUUUUAGGGUAUUCGGGUAUUCCGUAUUCCCACCCUAGUUUAUCAGCUGGUAUAUUACCAGUAGCAACCUAUGGUUAUAUACAGCCAUCAUUAACUGUACUAUAACUGUUUCGAUUAAUGUUCUUAUAGUCCUUGGAUCUAACCUAAACUAAUCUUUUUUAACGCUUUAAAGGAAAAUGUUGGCCAGCGCCGUUCUUCUAUCCACUAUAAAUCUCCUCUCUUGAGGAGGGCCUUGUAGAUAAAGUGUUCUGUGGCCCCAAUCCUUUCCGACAGAAACAUGAGGACAAUACACAUAUUUUUCUUUUGAGUAACUUGACAUGAAUUGAUAUAAAAGCGCACAAGCUAAACAAACGAGCAAUACAACAUUGGUACGUGUCAAAAAUACUCAAUAAUAACUUCAAAGACAAUAAUCUUUAUUAUAAAUAUCAUCAUCCAGUCACAAGAGUCCACUGCUGAACACAGACCUCUUCCUCGUAUUUCCAACGCCGCUCUCAUCCAGUUUUUAUUUAUCCUUCUUAAAUCGUCAGUCCAUCCAGUGGUUUCCAUUCCAACAACCUCUUUGUCCAUCACCCAUCUGUCAUUCUAGCUAUAUGUCCUCCUCAUCUCCAUUUUAUCAGGCUAUCUUUUCGAAGACGUUAGGUUGGAGUGACAAGGUGACUUAUUAUACAUAUAUGGUGAUGAAGAAUCAUAACUUUCACUUUAUACCAAGCUCUUGUUAUUACUGGAUUAGGUGAUUCUUUUUCUUUCAUGAAGUUUGAUCCAAUUCCUUUUCCAACACAUAAAAUGGUGAAUAAACCAGAAACGCUGCUUAUUUUGUUACUGUGAUUUAUUCCAUCUUUGAUUUACUUGGUGAAAUAUAUUCAAAUGCUUUCGUGACAUACAGAUAUAUAUUUUUGCAGCCACUUUAUAAAUUAAUAGCAAGAAAGAAUUAACUAUCAAAAAAGGACAAAUUGUAAUAAUACACUUUUGAGAAUCUAAAUUAUAAAACUGAUGUUUGUGUUUGUAAGAUUUUAUCUGAAUGCAUUAGUGAUAAGAGUUUUUGUAUCUCAAUAUCUUUUUUAAAACCACAUCGAAAUGUAACUAAACUAAGCAUCACAGCUCUAAAAAAUGCAAUUUUUGGAUAUUUUUACUAGUAGACUGGUAUUUUAAGUUUUGUGGCUGAUCGUAUGAGUUUAAUUUUCAACUACAUAUAAGGGUAGAAAUAUAGUGAAGCAUCACACAUCGCCACGCAUAUCUUCAGACACCUCGCCGCGAACAUAUCGAUGCGAUAUGUUCUACCAUGCCGAGUAUGCAAUUUGUGGUGAUGUGCGACGCUUCACUAUAUUUCUACACUAAGGGCACAUUAAUAUAAACUGCGCUUGACGGCAAAGACAACGAUUCAUCCAAAAAUUUUAUAAGCUUUAGCUAUAAUUAAUUUUUGCUAAUUAUAUAGGGUAUCCCAAAAGUAGCGGAACGGUCGAAUAUUUCGCGAAAUGAAUAUCAGAUCAAAAAUCUGAAAAAUGCGUGUUCAAUAAUUUUCAAAAAUCUAUCGAAUGACACCAAACAAGACCCCCUACUCCACUCCCUGGGGGUGGGGGGAGGGGGUUAGCUUUAAAAUCUUAAAUAGAAACCCCCAGUUUUUAUUACAGAUUUGGAUUCCUUACAUAAAAGUAAGCAACCUUUAUUCGAGACUUUUUUGUAAUUGUGGAUAGAUGGCGCUAUAAUUGUAAAAAACGAUUUAUCGUGAUACUAUAGGUAAAUUAUAGAAACGGUCUAAUAUCUCGACAAAUACACUUCGAAAUGAAAAACCAAAAAACAUGUGUUUAAUAUUUUUCAAAAACCUGUAUAAUGACACCAAAGACGACCCCCACUCUAAAUCUUACUCUAAAAUAUUAAAUAGGAACCCCCAUUUUUUAUUGCAGUUUUGAAUUCCUCAUGAAAGAGUAAGUAACAUUUUUUCGAAACAAUUUUUAGAAUUGUUGAUAGAUGGUGCUAAUAAAUCGUAUUUUUGCGAUUAUAGCGCCAUCUAUCAACAGUUCUAAAAAUGUUUCGAAUGAAAGUUUCUUACUUUUACGUAAGGAAUCCAAAUCUGUAAAAGAACUCUGGGCUUCCAUUUAAGAUUUUAAAGUUACCCCUCACCCUACCUCCAGGGGGUGGAGUGGGGAGGUCGUGUUUGGUGUCAUUUUAUAGAUUUUUGAAAAUUAUUAAACACGUAUUUUUCAGUUUUUCGAUAGGAUGUUCAGUUCGCGAAAUAUUCGACUGUUCCUUUACUUUUGAAACACCCUGUAUAAAAUAAUAGCGAGGCAAGUGCCAAUGAAUAAAUAAUAACCUUUUUUCAGCGAAAUUUAACCGUUUAUUUCUCUUAGUUUAAAAUAAUAAACAUUGUUAAAACAC